AUGUCUUUCUUACACUCACACUCGUGUGAAUGCCUUAAAUCAGAACUGGAUCUAUUUUCUCUACCACCAACUCAAACGUCGAUAGAGGGUUCUCAAUGGGUUCACUACAAAACUAUUUCAUCACUCACUGAUGAUUCACCCAUAGAAUUUGUCGUUCCUGACAAUAUAGAUGAGUACAUUGACCUGGCACAUACUAUGCUGAAUCUCAAGAUAGUCUUACAAGCACCCGAAAAAACAAAGUACAAUGAAAGUUCUAUGGUUAAAAUAGCUCCUGUUAAUAAUAUACUACACUCAAUGUUUAAUCAGGUGGAUGUAUAUUUUAAUCAAAAAUUAGUAUCGCCACCAAAUAAUGCUUAUGCUUAUAAAGCAUACAUUGAAAUAUUAUUCAACUAUGGACCAGCUGCGAAGUCAAGUCAUCUUGCAGCGUCUUUAUGGUUAAAUGAUUCGCCCGGGCAGAUGAAAGGCAUUGCUGAUGAAAAUAAGGGACUUAAACACCGUCGCGCAUAUUUUGGUGCUGAAAAAAAUUUAUUUGAUUUGCCAUAUACACUGUGA